AUGGACGGAGACGUGAGGUGGUGGUCCGUGUUCGCGGAAAGGAUUCUUCUCUGUUGGUUCCUCGUGUGCCUCGUGUUUGCACGGGGUUCGAACGAGAUCGGCGGUCCGGUCGGGAGUUCCGGAUUGUCCCUGACCCGAGAUGGAAGUCCGUACGUCGUCCGGUUGGACCUCGACGUCGCGGAAGACGGGGUCCUCAAAAUCGAAGCCGGAGUCGAGAUGCUUUUCAUGCCAGGGGUCGGGAUCAACGUCAAGGGACAGCUUCAUGCCAGCGUGACCGAGAUGCUCGAUAAAGAGAAGAAUGGAGCCUCAGUUCUUCUCUCCUUCACUUCCUUCCAUGGCAUUCUUGUGCGGCCGCAUCGGGAAGAUCGCGAUGACGGCUCCGAUGGGAGAGGGAUGGCCGUGGAGGGGCUCUGGCCCUCGCUUCGCCUGAGCGGGGGCGGGGAGAUUGGGUUUCAGUCUUCUGGGGGGAGCCCGCAUUCGAGGAUCCUGAUGACGGCAGCGACGAUCCCGAAAGGGAUGAUCCAGCACGAGAGGGAUGCGAACGUCCGACUCGUGGACGGCCCUUCCCCCGCCGUCGGGCGACUCCAGCUCUACCACAAGAGCAAGUGGAGGUCCGUUUGCACCAACUCCAGAAAUUGGACGGUGGUGGAUUUCCAGGUGGCGUGCCGCCACCUGGGUUUUGGGGGAGGAACGUGGUAUCGAUGGUACGACCACCGGAACCAUUCCCGCCAUCUCGUGUUCGAGGCCCCCAACUGCAAGGGAAACGAGGAUUCCCUCUUCAAGUGUCAAUGGGAGUCCCGGCAAAUGGGCUCCGGUGGAUGCGAUCUGUAUCCCGACAUAGGCAUCGAGUGCACCCCCCUGCACAAUGGCACCAACCGAGGAGAAAUGACCCAUUGGAAGGGCUUGUCAUUCCACAACGCCCAUCAUCGCCAGAGGCUCACUUCUGCCAUUCAGCUCUACGAGAAGGAUGAAAUUAAUUCCCGAUACCGAAUUCGAGUGAACGAGUCGCGCAGGAAAGAGAUAACGAAUGAAUUCGCCUCGCAAUUCCAGGUGUCAGACUCCUAUCUGCAUCACGUGGACGUCGAGUAUGCCGGAGUGGGGAGGCAGCGGGAGGCCGUCGCAGCCGUUCAAGUGUGGGGGGUGCCUCCGCAGGUGGAGGGGACGGCCGUGAAGUACUCGGCGUAUCACGGGAUGAACGUGUCCAUGCCGGAUGCGCCGGUGGUUGUCCAGAACUCGUCGUUCGUUCAGAAUCGAGGUUACGGGCUGUACGUGAAUUCCAGCCACGGCGCGGUCCUCGUCCUCUCCAGCGAACUGUCCGGGAACGGCGCCGACGGUCUCAAGUACGUCCAUCACAACCGCGAGCACGACACGAAGUUUAUGAACACGAACAGCUACCACGACAUGUGCCGUGACUCCAUACCGGCAGGGCAGUCCUACCCCGUUCGGGUCAUCGCGCAGCAGCUUCGGGACAGCAACGUUCCCAGGAAUUGCCUGCAGACCUUCGUGGUGAACCGUGGCGUGCUGACCGUUCACUUCGUCCACAUGUACACCGACGAGGACGGGAGCGGGCAGCUGGACGUGUACGACGGAAUGGACGAUAUUCUCCUGGGUUCGUUUCGCAUCAAGAAUGGGUCGUAUCCGGCCAGCAUCACGUCGCUUCGCACGUCCAUCCGACUCAAGUUCACCUGUCCGCCGUGGAAGGGAAGUGCCCUGUACAUGGAUAUUACCAGUGGAUAUGACAAAGCGUUCGAUCUGAACGUGACGGACUCCACGAUCUCGGAGAACAACGGGGCCGGCGUCCAGGUCGAGAACAUGCGGAGCAUGGUCCACGUCUUCGAGUCGAGGCUUUACCAGAACCAGUACACGGGGUUGCACGUGCACGACGGCGUGGGGGACGUGAACGUCUCGUACUCGGAAAUCCGGCUGAACAACGGGGACGGUGUCAACAUCACGCACGCGGGGGGGAGAAGAAACGUGUCGCGGUCCGUCGUCGCCGAUAACGUUUUGCACGGCGUGUCGGUGUGGUACAACGAGACUUCGACGAAGAUCCCGUUCCACCAAGAGACCCACGUGGAGUAUUCCACCGUCUCGAAUAACCGGAUGAGCGGGGUCUUCGUGGGGAACUUCUGUCGAUCCGCCCUGGUCAACGUCAGCGGGAACACAUUCACUCGGAGUCCCUCUCAAGCGGUGCAGAUCUGGUCGUGCUGGGAAGAGACAGAAAAUCUCACCACGAUCCAGAUCGGGCACAACCGAUUCCAGGACGAAAACAGGCUCGGGAUUCGGCUCGAGCCGGCCGUGAACCAGAAGACGAGGAUCGAGUACAACGAAUUCUACGACCACACCCUGGGCACGAUCCUCGUCCGCAACGGCGACAUCGAAGAGGUGGAGUUCCUGCCCGCCGACAUUGUCAUCCGCGAGAACGCGCUGAAGAGGAAUCGGGGGAUCUUCGUGGUGAGCCUGGGUCUGUCGGACCUCUCCUUCCACCAGCAUCUUCUCUUCACGAAGAACUACGUGCAGGAGAACGAAGUGAGCGAGCCGUUCUUGAACCUGAACUCGCGGAGCCGCGUGGCGGCGGUCGUCGUGCUCACGUCGUCUAACGUGGACGUGUUCCGGAACAUUUUGCACAACGAGGAGUCGCCGUAUGAGAUCGGCUCGCAUUACGAGGAUCAGAGCGUGGCCCUCAAUUGCACCUAUAACUACCUCGGCUUCAAGCUGCAGGAGCGGGUGUAUGCUCGCAUCAUCGAUCGGAAGGAUCGGUACAAUCUGGCGCGAGUGAACUUCAAGCCUUUCUUGCUGGUCAACAACAAUCCCAGCACCGAUUCGGUGUCGAACGACGAGGCCUUCGUCCCCGAGUUCGGGCCGAACGCGGACAACGAGAUCGGGGGAGAGAUCGAGGGCCGCGUGGACCUCGACGGUCGGUCCGGGAAUGCCUACAGGGUCACCAAGGACAUAUACGUGCGUCCGGGCAGUGGGGAGUUGUAUAUCGUGCCGGGGGUCACGCUGGAGUUUGAGCAUUCGGUGGGGAUGAUGGUUGGGGGGAUUUUGCAUGCCGAAGGAGAGGGGCCGAAUCUUGGGCAGCAUAUUACGUUUACCCUUUAUGAUCGGGCGAAGAAGAACCUUACGGAUACUCCGGUUCGACUUGUGGGAGGGAAAGAUACUCGGGAAGGGAGACUUCAGGUGUACAUGAAUGGGCGUUGGGGGACGGUGUGUCGAAUGGGAUGGACGAUCGAGGCGGCAGCUCUCGUUUGUCGACAGAUGGGUUUGGCGCUCAAUCCGUCCAACUGGCUCUUGCAGCGUUCGGAAAUGCCUGCUGCUGGCAUUAACGAGGAUAUCAUACUAAGCAAUGUGAAGUGCACCGACCUGGACACUGACAUCUUGGAGUGUGAUGCCGAGACCGAGAAUGACUUUGAGAAUUCCUGCACUCACGAAGAUGAUGUGGGGCUGAGAUGCUACGACGUGUCGUGGUCUGGGAUCCGCCUCGGCAUGACCGCUAGGAAGAGCACCAUCAAACAUGCCACGAUCGAGUAUGCAGGCCUCUUUGACCAUGCCCUAAACUCCUUCAAGCCAGCCCUUCAGGUGGACUUUAACCGUCACAUCCUGGAGCACUUGAAGAUUGCAGACAACUGGGACAAUGGUCUUGGGAUUAUACAUUCAGACAUCUACUCGUUUGACCCCAGGAUGAAUUCGCUUGCCCAUUCGACAAUCAACUCCAAUCGCGGGAAUGGGAUCACAGUGCGGACUCUUGGUCUACAGGUUUCUGACUGUGAGGUGCACCACAAUACACUGAGUGGCAUCCAGUACCACCCGUAUGUGUCGAGGAAAGAGCAGCGAGAGAUUCUCUCCUGGCUCCGUAUGGCCCCCAAUCCCACCUACAUUCUCCCAAACAUGACCGAAUCGGAACUCAAGCUGGACACGUACGAUCCCGUCUUCCUGCGGACGAGCCGCAACAUCCGUCAAGGAAUAACCAAACAGCUCCGUGUCUAUACGAGGCAGGAGAAUGUGAUAGCCAUCUAUGUCCUGAAUCCAAUUCACUAUCGGUCGACAGAAAAUAUAGUGAUCUAUGACCACGUUCGCAUGCCCCAAGCUGAUCGCAUCCUGGAUCUUAGGAAGGAGCUACUUGCCUUUCCUUGCAAUUCUAGCUCCUAUGCUUUCUACCUGCAAUAUGACAGUGGAAACAUGGCUGUCGGCGAUGUGUACAUCAUGCUCAAAGCUGUCAGAGUACAAGACUUGCCAAAAAUCGUAGGGAACUAUCCUGGACCUAUUCCAACCCUAUCUGUAACAGAUUCUCAAAUCUACAAGAACCGUCAUGCUCUUUCUGCCAUCCAUUACAACAAGUACUUGAGCGAUGGGAAGGACCAUUAUUUACGAGCCCUGAAAGGAUAUGUCCGCUUUGUGGACAGUUCCCUCUCAACCAACGAUGAGGAAGUUGUCUUCAUCCACACUCCUUUCAGGGAGAUGGAUUUUGGGGCCAACAUGUCAGAAUUCUUUUACAUGUUCAACCGCACGCUCUUCACUGAGAAUCGCAAGGGAAUUGUACAGUUCAGCAGAGAUGCAAGAGAAUCCAACAACCUAUUUGAUUGGGUCUUUCGAGAUGACACCUUUGAAGGAAACAAGGAAGGUGGCAUUAAUGUCUUCCUCCCUUAUGUCUGGCAAUACAAUGAGAACUACACCCAUGCAGUUUUCCUUCAUAACAACACAUUUCGGGACAACAAGCGAUUUGAGGUCGUUGUGGAUGGGCAUUUUGCACGCAUGGAUGUCACCCAAAACUCCCUUGAGAACAAUCAGUGCGGUGCAGGCCUUUUUGCUGUAAGAGGCAUGGAGAAGCAGAUGCACAUUUCAGAGAAUUUGAUCAAUAAUAACAUUGGGCAGUACAUGGUGGAGUUCAACAUUGACAGCCAAUCAGAAACAUCAGGAAUGGUGCCAGCCAACUUCAGGCGGAAUACAGUGACCAACAAUAGAUUUGUGACCAAGGCUCGGAUACGGAUUGUGGGCUAUGAACCAGCCAGCUACACAGUAGGUCUGAAAGGAGUGCAGAAGAUCAACAUCACUCACAACAUCUUUGACCACAAUGACCUGGACUACCAGUUGCUGGCUGGUAUCAAAACAGCCAACAUCAAGACCUAUGUCAAAGUCACCCAUAACUGGUGGGGGUCAUCAUCCAUGGAGGAAGUAAAACAGCGUAUCUUUGACUUUGAUGACUGGAAUUCAUAUGCAGUGGCUCACUUCAGUCCAUUCUACAUACAACCACAGUUCGAUGCACCAUUGUCCCUGGGUCUAGAGAAACAGGGAGAGAUUGAUUUUGAUCGCCUUGGGGGUCGACUGUUCAAGGAUCUGGUGCUGGAGAGACGAAGCCGACCAUACAUAGUGAAAUCAGACCUAACUGUUAUGCCAGGGGUAAUGCUGACUAUCAGACCUGGUGUGGAGAUGGAAUUCUAUCCUAGUGUUGGGAUCCUGGUUUUGGGAACCCUACGAGCCAUGGGGCAAGAGGGGAACACGAUCAAGAUGCGCCCAAUCAAGACGAGCGAGAUCGAUCCCUUCCCCAUCGGACGCCAUGGGCGUUCCCAGCCGAGGGCAGAGGAUGUUGGAGUUCGGCUUUGCAUCGAGGGCGAAUGUAAGCCUGACAUGAGGCAAGGAUUUGUUGAGAUCUACAACCGCACAACCCUCCAGUGGGUACCAAUGUGUGAUAAGAGGUUCUCAGAGCGCAAUGGGGAGGUGAUCUGUCGCACCCUAGGCUUUGAGACCCUCAAUGUCUUGUAUGCAUAUGGACCCAGGCUAGAAAUGCAUCCCAAUUCUCUGGACCGAGUCAUCUCAUGGCCUGAACCUCUGCAAUGUGAAGGGCAUGAGAGCAAGUUAGAAGAGUGCAUGAUCAGAAUGAACGGCCAGAUAUUUGGUGAGACAUAUGAAUGCGAGUAUGAUCGUGACUUUCUGUUUCUUCACUGUGGGAAGCGAAAUCUUGACAACAACACUGAGUACUGGGGAGGAAUCAGAUUCUCAAUCCCAGACUUUGAGCAGACAUUGGUUUUUCGAAGGAUCCAUGAUUCAGAGACUCAUAAUACCCUUCACAUUGAGGAGUCUGUAUUGGAGCAUGUAGAAAUUAGAGGAGCAGGUGUGUUACAUGGAGAACUGGCACCAGCAAUAGAGAGUGUGCUGCAGACACCUCGUCUCUGGCAUGUUCAUAUCACUGACAGUGCAUGGCAUGGUAUCAACAUCAUUGCCCCUCUAGAGCACAUGAAGUUGCUGCACAACCGAAUUGAAAAUAAUCUAGGUGUGGGAAUCAAUACCUUGGUGCUGAAUGGAGAGGGCCAAGAAGAUGCUAUGAGUUCAUUCACUCCACUUAGUUCAGCCCCACUUUCAUAUGGCCUCUUUGGCUUACUUGAUAUCUGUGAUACCCAUAAAGAGAUGAUUGUUGAGCAAAGAAUCCUCCUCUACUAUAAAUACAACAAUCGCCCUGUUGAUUGUGUGAAGAUUUUCAAGUCCAUCUAUGACAUCAAGAACUUCGGAUUCAGGUUUCUGUACUUCAAUCUGUACAAUUCAACGGGAAAGCCUGGUACCCCAGACAAGAUCCAGUUGUAUGAUGGAGAUGUGUAUAAUGUCACUUCUGAGUUGCUUGGAGAGGUGAUCAUGGGCCAGCACACAGGUCGGGAAUUCCACACGACCAAAUAUACAAGUCUAAGUGUAAAACUCCAUGCAUCAGGUGGCAGUGGAGAGCUGGGAUUCAUUGCUGAGGUCAUCACCCUUCCUGUGUCUUCCAUUAGCUUUGGUCGGGAUAUGCAGCACAACAUAUCGUACUCAGUGAUUCGCAAUAACACCGGAGGUGCUAUCUCAUACAGUAGUGCUGGUGAAGUGAAUCCAACUCUCACUGUUGAAAGAAAUCAGUUUGAUAUGAAUGGGAAACUUCUGUAUGGAAAUUUCACCACUUCCAAGGCUGCUGUGGUCCUUGAUCUCCAGAAUACACCUAAUGUCUACUUCAAGAACAACUUGGUGAGAGGAAAUCAAGGAGGCUUAUGGAUUCGUGCAGACUCAAAUAAUGCUGCCACAGCAUUAAAAGCCACCAUAAGCAAUUGUCUCUUGACUGACACCUAUAAUAAUGAAGCCCUGCUUGUGAGAGGACGAGGAAGUGGAUCGUACCAGGAAGUGACCAUGGUGUACACUUACAUCACCCGAUCUUUCAUUCCCUACAGGGAUGUCAUCUUACUUGAUCAGGUGGUGUCCAACCUGAGCUACAAUUAUAUUCAUUACAAUCAAGGAAGGUACAUUAUGAGUGUCCUGGGAUUCAACAAAGUGCGACUCCCAAUCUUUCAAACCAUCAUUCACAAUGGCUUCUAUAACAAUUUUGCUCUGGAUCGAGAUCGACCUGUGACAAUUGUGGCUGGGAGUGCUGGUCAGCAAUAUGUGGACAAUGUGUUUGUCAAUCCAUAUAAUGCCCUUGAACUCAUGACACUCAAUGUGUCCAAAAAAGAUGUGUGGAAGACCCCAGUGGAUGCCUCACAUAAUUGGUGGGGCUAUAACAACACUGUUACAGUCCAGAGUCGCAUUCGGGACAAAAGUGAUGACAAGGACCUCCUGGAAGUCACAUUCCGUAAUUUCCGCAGGAACAACAGAACUCUGCUGAGUGGGAAGUGCCCCCCAGGUCACACACUGAUUGGAGAGACUUGCUUCAUCUACAUUGGAGCCCCAAUGACAUUCCAGGAAGCAAAGACAUUCUGUCACCUGGACAAUGCCUCUAUGCCCUAUCUGCAGAAAAAUUACCCAUCUGUUUAUCAAUAUAUAAGGACCCAACAGAUGGACUUUGAACGAUAUGAUAUGGUCUGGGCACAGCACUAUGACAUCAUCAGUGGAUGCUCUGUCUUCAUUGAUGGUCGCAUUCAAAGGGCUAAUUGUGAAUAUAGAUUGCCUUUCCUUUGUGAAACUGACACACGAGUAGAGAUCUCUCCAUUGUCAUGGCUCUCAGAUGGCAUCACCCUAGCUGCUAUUGGAGCCACAAUUGGAGCCUUACUUCUUGUUCUUCUUUGCCUUGGUUUCUGGCUUGUCAAGUCCCGACACCGUCGGCAGGAAAAACUGGAGAGACGCAAUUCCAUCCGUGCUUCUGUUCGAUCUAAUCGUUCAUUCAUGUCCAGCACCAGUGGGUUGUCAGAUUACCCAUUCCGUCAACGUAUGAUGAGUGACCAGAAGUCAACAGCAUCUCAGCUGACUGGCAUUACAGACAUGGGGAAGAUGAACGGAAGCUUGGAUUCCAUGGAGAAAGUCCCAUCACAUAUGUCGUCACUGGAUGCCACCCAGUCCCAGUCGUUCGACACGUAUGAGACCCGCAAUCCCACCAUGGGUUCCUUUGCCGACACUGCCAGUGGUGUUACGCAUCCGGCCUUUGACCUGACGUUCGAGAACCGUGCCUUCCGGGACGUGACGCUCUCGGCUGCGAACUCCCGUCAGCCGUCGCGGGAAUUCUGGGAUGGGAGCACCAAUACAUCGACAUUCAAAUACCACACCCCAUCGGAACUAGACUCGACGGCAGACCUGAAGCGCAGCUUCGACCUUGGACAUCGAGAGGUGGAGGGGAAGGAGGAAUCACCUCCUCCACAGCGUAGUCCUCGUGGCUUAAGGCGACCCCCCUCCAUGCCCCCCUUUCCCCCCACAAGCCCCAUCUAUGUGGGUCUCACCCCUGCUCAGAGGACAAAGAGCCAGCCUCUGGAAACUGCCAUGUGAUUUCAUCAUCAUGACGUGUCUUUUCUCCCCAUUGUGAUAUUUCCUCCCUGACCUGUGCACAAGCUUUCUUGCAAGACAUUCCAGUGAAGCUCACAGAAGAUAUACCUCCAACACGACAAAUGAGCGAGGGUGC